GGAUGUGGCGAUUUUAGGAUGCGACAAGCCUUCUCGUCUCAGGCCUUCAGGCCCCUCGAAAAGCCCGUCGACUCUAUGGCACGCCGUAAGUUGCGGGUUGUGGUGCUUUUCAGCAUGAGGAGAAAAGCGGAGAAAAAAUUAGCCACUUUUAGAAACGCAGCCAAGGGACGGCCCGAGGUUGCCGCCACGCCUGGCAGAGACCGGCGAAGGCAGUUUACAUGAGAACGCGGCCGAAGCCAAGAUUCCCCGCAGCCUUCCGGAAGUGGGACGGUGGGAGCCUCGGUCUCACGGACCCCCGCCCCCGGAAACGGAAACAGAAUCCCAGUGUGCCCCUUCCCCACUGCCCUCCAAAUCCCUCUGCAGCCAUUGCCGCAGCCACGAUGCCGAAACGAAAGAAGCAGAAUCAGCAGCAGCAGCAGCCGCCGCCGCCCCAACAGCCUCCACUGUCUGAGCGGGAUGAGACUGGAGAUGAGGAAGAUGAGAGUCCCAUCGGACCACCCAGCCUUCUGGGCCCUCCCCCCAUGGCCAAUGGAAAGCCUGGUGAACCCAAGUCAGCUCUUCACAGAGGCCCUCCAGGAUCAAGGGGACCAAUGAUUCCACCACUGCUGAGCCUCCCUCCUCCUCCCCGGGGCAGAGGCCCAAUUCGGGGAGGCCUAGGCCCCAGGUCUGGUCCAUAUGGUCGUGGAUGGUGGGGAAUUAAUGCUGAACCUCCUUUUCCGGGGCCGGGCCAUGGGGGUCCCUCCAGGGAAAGCUUUCACAAAGAGCAGAGAAACCCUCGAAGGCUCAAAAGCUGGUCUCUUAUCAAGAAUACCUGCCCACCUAAGGAUGGCCCCCAGGUUAUGGAAGACAAAUCCAGCCGCCCUGUCUGCCGACACUUUUCCAAAAAGGGUCACUGUCGAUAUGAAGACCUCUGUGCCUUCUACCAUCCAGGCGUCAAUGGACCUCCUCUGUGAGACUGUGCCUUCCCAUCCAGACUGGAAAGAGUCCUCUAACCUAGUGGCCAUGUAUUUCCCCGUGGCCUAGUGACAGCUACUCCGAGGCUCUUCCACCCAGCACCCUCAGUCAAGUGACCCAUUCAUCACCAGCGCACAGUGCGCACUGGCUCUGAUACAGGCUCCAGAGACUCACCUUCAGGACCCCAUCUUGUUCCCUUCACUCGGAUCUUCUUCGCCAAGUGACUGCUUAACAGGAAACCUUUGGUGCUCUUUCUUGUGCAUCUGUCCACCUGUUCCCCAGUAUUGCCCUCGAUUCCUGAGAGCCCUGGAGCAGUUUGCUAUCCUUUCUAGCUGGUUGUCCUCUUUACGUGACACCCCAGUGUUUUCAGCUGCUUGGGAAACUUGCCAGGUUAUCUGGCUGACACACAGUUACUUCCUGAACAGCCAUCCCCCUACUUUUGGAUUUUGUAGUUUCUCUGUCAGUAGCAUGAUCCCCACCACUAUGGUCUGUGAUCACUGUGCUUUGUGAAACUGUGCAUCCCCCUGUAGCCUUUCUCAGUGUCCGUGGCAUUUUUGUGACUUCCCAACACUAGAAUAAGUUUUUUCUUAGUACCCUCUAGCCUUUCCCUAUCUCCCAACAUGGAAGAAUUGUGAAACUUCCCCCAGCCUGGUCCUCCCCAUUUUGGUGUUGGUUGUUCUGAGUCUGACAUGGGCCAGUAAUGUCUUGUAAGGCCUCAGACAACAAGCCUUCCUCUCCAGCCUAUUUUAGUUAGGCUCUGUCAUUGUGAGGCCACCAGCCCUUUCAUUUGAAUUCUGUGAAUCUCUACCUGGCCUGUCUUUGGGUGGAACCUGUCCCCCUCUUCCCUCACAUCCCUGGCACUGGUUGUUUUCUGUGAAAACGGCAGUGAACAGGUUCAGUUCUGAACUGGCCCUGAGGAAAUGGGUCAGGAGCUGUGUAGGCAAGAGGGAAGGAUGACUGCUGUUGGAGAACUGAGAAUGAUUUUUUUUUUCUUUUUAACAUUUUUUAUAUUAGUAAUAAACA